UACCUGGGUAAAUUAUCAAAUUAAUCUCAAAUUUGAGGUUACCAAAAUCCAAAUAUAACGAAACUGAAAACCGAAGACUUCUUAUUGGAUCUUUAUUGAAACGAUUUUUGAGUAGAAUUCCAAUGGAAAUGUUAUUGAAAAGUUCACAAUCUCUCCUUCGAGUUUGUAGUAAAAAUAUUGGUUCAAGUUUGUAUAAACCAGUUCGUUUUAACAGUUAUCUCAGUUCUGAAUUGAUCCAAAAUGCACAGAUUAAAACAAAAUAUGAAAUUAGUAGAUCCCCUGAAGAGUGGAAAUAUGUUGAAAGAAUUUUGCCACCAUUAACUGUUCCCAAGCUGGUACCAAGGGAAGAAUUCCAUUCCGAGUUCAAACCACCUUCUGAUAGUUCCGAAAAUCAUCCUUAUUUCAUUUCAAGAACCAAAAAUCAUAUGAUACCAGUAUAUUUGCAUUUAAGGCAGAGGGGUAUUAGAAAAUUUACUUUUGUUCGCAAAAUUCAAGGUGACAUAUGGUUAUUAGGUGAAGAAAUUGAAAAAUUUAUUCAACCUAUGAGUAAAAAACCCAUAAGGAUGCAAAUCAAUGAAUUUACUGGAAAUAUAAUAAUAAAUGGGGAUUAUGUUAAUGCAAUUAAAUAUUGGCUUCAAGCUAAAGGUUUUUAAUGAACACUUAUUGUAUGUACAUAUUUAAAAUAAAAUAUUUAUAUAGAUGAA